AUGGAGGGGAAGCCUAAUGUUCAGUGGGGAAAAGCAAUUUUGAACAGAAUGAGUCUGCCAAAACAUAAAUUCAUUGCUUGGAUUGGCAUUCAAGCAAGAUUGAAAACAAAAGAUAAGUUGUAUAAGUUCAAUAUAAGCCCUGAUGAUAGGUGUUGCUUAUGUGGAGUUGAAACAGGAAGUCAUGCACAUUUGUUUUUCAACUGUGUUUAUAGCAAGGAAUUGCUCAAGAAGCUUCUUACCCGGGUGGGUGUUAACUAUGCAACGAGGUCAAUUCAGCAGUGGUUUAUAUGGAUUAGAAGCAAUUAUAGUGGGUCCAAAAUGAGAAAGAGCAUCUUGUGCAUUGUGAUUGCUGCUGCAAUCUAUCAGAUAUGGAAGAAUAGGAAUACUGCUUAUUGGUAUUCCAAAGUGUACAACAUAGAUUACAUACUUACAGAUACAAAAUAUAUAGUGAAGCACAGAAUCAAUAUGUGUAAAUCUGCAAAAUGGAGUAGUGUAGAUAUUAGAUGGAUGGAUGCUUUGUAA